CGCUGGACAAAGGAGGAGACCAAAGUGUUCUUGUAUUUUUAUGCAGGACGCAAAGAAGAGUUCACUAAGAACAGAAAAAAAAGAUUUGCGUAUGCGAACAUUCUAGAGGACAUGAUUUCGGCAGGUUUUGACUCGGGUUUUACACCUUGCAACCUUGAAGUAAAGAUGCAGACGUUGCUGAGGGCUUACAAUGACGCUAAGGACAACUCGUCGAAAACUGGCGCAUCUCCGUGCACCGUACCUUUUUGGGAAGAAAUGGAGGAUUUAUUCGGAGAUAAGCCCAUUCAUUCAAAAGCCGUAACUAUCAACUUUGGGUCUGAAAAUUUUAUAAAUGCACCAGUUUUAAUUCCAACCUCACCGGAUAUGCCCUCAACGACAAGCAGGUUCCCAGAAACACAUGCUGAGGCAUCUCCUACAUUGGAAUAUUUUGCGGCCAUCAACAAGACCUGCCAAAAUUAAAACUAGGAGAACUGCAAUGUCGAGAUCUGACUAUUAUAAGGAAAAGUUGAAGCAGAGGCAGCGCGAAAUGAAAGCAGCCGAAGAACGCUUUCAGCAGCGUCAACGUGACAAAGCGCAGCU